AUGCCACAAAUUGUAUUUGAUCCUUUGGGAGGGCUCAACAGCUUUCUUCGACAAAUGCCAAUCCCUACUUUAAAUAGUUAUAUUACUAUGAGUUUACUACUCAGUUCUGUAUCAUGGUAUCAUGUUCAUAAUUUAUUUUUGGAUAGAGAGUUUGAUGAAAUGGUAAAGGCUCACAUUACAAACCAAACGCAGUCAGGACGCUUGAGUGAAUUUGGGAAACUUUUUGAUAGUUCGUUAACAUUUCGAAAACUCCACUACGCAGUUAAUCAUCCAACUUUAAUUUGGGUGGUCCUAAAUACGGUUUGUGCGAGCUUGGCUAUUCUGGCGAAAGCCGCUGUGUACUUUACGUUUGGUCAGUUAGGAGCGCAGGAAUCUGAGUUACUGCGUGAUCGACUUUGCAAUUUCCUUUUGUAUAAGGCAGUAUUCGUGUUUGGAGUCCUGAGCAGCAUUUUGCUUGAUGAAAUGGUUUUAUGGAUUUUAUGGUUUACUUUUAUAUCAAUGCUCACUUUGUUACAAAUACUGACAAUGCAUCGGUUUAAAUAUUUCACUUCUUCUCUUCCUCCAAGUUUCGUCCAGUUACGCGUUCUGCUUCUGAACAUCUUCUCACUGGUUGCGGCAAUGAUUCUGGCUACUAUUGCUUUUUCUUCAUUCAGCUUCUUGUCAACUAGCUAUGCCCUCUUCGUCCUUGCUGAUGCUUCGAAAUUGCUUGUGAGAGGUGCCUACCUGACUUUCAAGUCCGUAAUGUUGCUUAAUGAGGCACAUCCUGUAUUACCAUUUUUAAAUUCUAUUACCUUUGCUUACUAUAUUGAUUUAGUUCACGAUAUAGUCACCGAUACCAUCGAUUUAUUACACUACACACAUAUGCUGCUUUACGCUCAGAUUGUCUUGAGCAUGGCUUGCAUUGUUUUAUUUAUGCAGCUUCGAGCUUUCUACAAAUCGCUGUCUACCCGAAUAAAUAGGCACUUCAAAUACAAGCUGAUCAGCUCCCAUAUAAACUCAAAUUAUCCUUUGGCGACGAAAGAAGAGUUAGAAACUAUUGAAGACUUCUGUGCAAUUUGCCGAGAACAAAUGCAAAACGCUCGAAAACUUCCAUGUUCUCAUUACUUUCACGAAUGGUGCUUAAGAAGCUGGCUUGAACAAGAUAGCUCGUGUCCAACUUGUAGGUUAGUUCUUGCCGCGUCGACAGAUACAUCUCGUGCACUACCUAAUACCAGUGCUCGGAGAGUGAAUCAUGUCUUUCGCUUUGAUGGUACAAGAUACUCAACAUGGCUACCGCGAUUUUCAUUUGAACUGCUGCAUAGCGCAGGGUCUCACUCAUUUCAAAGAAAUAGGGUGCCCGCCUUCGAUACUUCGCAACUGAAUUCAAUGGUUACUCAGGUGCAUGAAAUGUUCCCUCAGCUUGCUAUGGAGUCGAUUUUACAGGACCUGAGGGAAAGUGGGUCAGCUCAAGCAACAAUAGAAAACAUUCUCGAGGGGCGGCUUGAUGAAUAUAACGCCUCAAUAACUUUCGAGCACUCCUUUCAGGAUGAAGAAAACGCGCUUAACCCUGGACUGACAAACCCGCUUCCCCAUAUACUUUUUAAUUCACCGUCUGCCUCAGAAAAUUCUGCAACGCCAGCAUCUUCUAGUGGACGAUUUAGUGCUCGUUCUGGAGAAAGGCAGUCGAUACUGGCAGAGAGGAAAGCAAGCCUGAUUAGACUGCAUCGAAAGCGUUAUAUUGCAUCAGAACGAGGAGCCAGUUUACGUGCUUUGGGAUACGACUGCGAGACAUCGGAGGCACGGCGUUACGACCCGGACACUCAGUAG